CUCCAGUCCACUACCGUCCACUACAUGCAAGCUUGCGAGCUUGCAGGGCCCAAGCCACCCUCUUGGGUCUCUUCCGAGUCACUUGCGUCCCUCUUCCGAGGCGGUAAGGAAUUGCCAGCCAUGCAUUGCCCAACUCUUGCUGCAGCCUCUUACUUGGCUCACAUCCGGUUUUUGUUUUCUUUAUAUGUUCCAAUAUCAAGGAGCUCUUGUCCGCACGGAAGCAGCCCACGACAACAGACCCAACUACAACCAACAUCACCUAUUCAACCUACCAACCUACCUCCGACCUCCAAUACGCUGCUUUCUCUCCCAAGCCCUUCCUGAAUGACGACCCAGUGCCGUCUACUAGUCGCUUCGGUUCUCGCGAAUGCGCCCGCCUUAAAUUCGAACCCGGACAACACCUGAAGGACAAAGAUUUAGCAAUGUCAAGCCCUGGGACUCAAACCCUCAAGCCCACCCGCAGAAGGCUCCAAAAAUGCGACCCAAAGCUGAAGAGCCUUAUGGGCAAACGCGGUUCCGCCGACUCCACGGCCAGUCGCAACGCUGAAGCCGCAAUGCCUUUGCAGUCACCCCGCCAGAAUCAGAAUGGUGCCCCAGACCUGAGCGAUUCGAAAUGGAGCCACUAUCUCCGCCCCAAGACUCUGAUCAGUCUCUCUGACGAACUCGAACCGAGACCUCUAGUGGUCAGGCAACCUUCACAGCGCCACAUUCCCGAAUUCUCCCACCUCACUAUCCAUGAUUCUGGUGGUCGGCCGUCCCUCGACAGUUCAUCCCUUCCCUCCCCAGUGUCUUCUACUUCGACUGCAUCGACCAUGCGCCGCCAAGCAAAGACACCGGUAUUCCGAAUUGGACAGCUUGAGAACCCCUCGUAUGGAAGAGGGCUGAAUGUUGCGAACAAGACAUCAAGCGUCGAGUUGAUUGCCGAUCAGUACCGGGCAGUCUUGGAGUCUAGGGACGGCACUGAAACGGAGUCGAUUUAUGAGGAUUCCAAUGCACCGGCCGAACCGUGGCGACUAGAUGCACGAGAAGUGCCCCGAAGCCACCUACUACCAGACACCCACAGAAUGUCUCGACCACGCUCGCGUACUCACUUGGAACCUCUUCAGCAAACAAGCCCGCCAUUUCAGUCAAUAACCCCCCAAGACGGUGAUAUGGUGGCUUUCGAAGAAGAUGCCAUCUACUUCAAGCCCAUCUCAUUCUCUACGGAUCCUUCACCUGAGCCUUCUCCUGGUUACUCCCAACUAUCAUUCGAUUCCCCAACCUCAACCCGUCCUCCAUCUCAGGACUACCGUCCCUACUCCCGAGAUAACCGGCCAACCUCUCAGGACAACCUCAGCCUACAGAUAUGUCUUGACCUCCUCACCAGGGAGUUAUCAUCUGCUGUGGCAGAUAGGCCAGUUCGCAGCGGGCCAGACAACGCCGCCCUGCAGAUAUGGGUUAUGAUCGAGGCAUAUGAGCGACUACGAGACCAGGUUGCGAGGAUGGCCCUUCGCAAUGGCAAUGGAGAGGUUGGAAAGGUUACCCAGAUCUUUGAUACGUGGUUGUGUGCCCUUUAUUCGAUCCACGAAUCGAUGGCGGCGGGCGCUGUGCUCAAUGAGGGUGAUUACAGUGGGCUGGAGGAGUCUUUGGAUUAAAUGGAGACACAUGGGAAGACUGGGAAACGGCAAUUUAUGUUUAAAAACUACUAUCACGGGGCGACCUGUAGGCUGGGAUCAUGGAUGGAUGGCGGAUUUGGCGUUUGACAACUGGUCCAAUACGGGAUUAUUGAAGGGAACGGUGUGUUUACAUCAUACAUAGAUUGAAGGCUUGGCCUCUGGCCAUGAAUAUCUACCAAGAAUAUUAAACAUAAAUAUUGGUUCUGGAUUCCAAGCUGCGGAUCUCAUCGAGAACGAAACGCGGCCAUGGCAAAGUCGAGGCAUGAGAUGAGUGCCGCUGUCGUCACAAUUACUCCGCACAGUAUUUUCUCAAAACAAACCAAAAGUCAACAAAACAGGGCACACACGAAGACGUUGGGGCCUAAUUCGCGUAGACCAAUGAUGCUGUACCGGACAUGCAUGUGAGCUGGCGCGCUUUCUUGGCCCGUUUGGAAGCAACUAGCG